AAUGCCUGAACCAACUCUCCUAAGCUUUUAACAUCCUUUACCAAAGGGAUUUGUUGUUAAAGGUGUUAAGAUGGCUAGUAGACUUGAGAUUAAUGAUUACUUAGAUAACAUUCAACCAAAGGAAUUUGAUGCUUGAGUUAUCUAGGUAAAUGAGCAUUCAUCUAGGGAUAGAGUUUGCUUAGGAUUGUGUCUAGGCCUAAGGUAGAUAUAGAUUGGUUAAAAGUUGACACCUUUAGGUUGAAUCUUGAUCACCCAAGAUCAAUUCCCAUAGCCCAUGAGUUCUCCCUUCUUAUAAGAAAGAAAGCUUUGUCCUUUAUUGCAUUUUAGGUAGUAAUCUAGUUUCAAAUCAUCUCAAAAACUGGUAGCACUUAGAUUAAGCAUGGUCUUGCAUUCCCUUUGCAUCAUAAUCACUUAGGACUGGUUUGACAUCCUAUAUAUUACAACAUUUGAUUAGGGGCCUUGAAACCCCUAUCAUCAAAUUGGCGCCGUUGCCAAAUUCUAAGUUGAUUGUGACAUUGGGAUUUAGUCAUUUGCUUGAGACUAAGUCAAUUUUUAUUUAAUUGUGUUAUUGCUUCUCUUUGUUCUUCUCUCUUUGCAUUUCAGGUGUAUGAACACAAGGAGCAGAGGUCCAACAAACCUAGUUCCAAGAGUUGAAGACAUUAGAGCACUUGAGAGGGAGAUAGCAAGACAAAGAAGAGAAGUAGAGCAACAGGCUCACUUGCAAGGGUUGGGGUUUGAUAUGGAGAAUCUGCCUCAAGAUGGUGAAGCCCAAGGAGGCAAUGGUCCAAGAGCUGAUCCUUUUAGACCACAGCGCCAGCCACAACAUCCACAGCGCCAAGCUCGUGCCAUUGGAGCCUAUGAUCAACCUCACAUUCAUGGUCAUAGGUUGGGAAUCAGAGCACCAGCUGUGGAGAACAACAACUUCGAGAUCAAGUCAGGGCUGCUCAACACUAUAGAGAACAACAAGUAUCAUGGUCUUGCUGCUGAAGACCCUUUUGAUCACUUGUACAAGUUUGAUCAGUACUGUGGCUUGUCCAAGACAAAUGGUGUUUCUGAAGAUGCUUUCAAGCUGAAGCUAUUUCCUUUCUCUUUGGGAGACAAGGCACACCAAUGGGAGAAGACUCUUCCAAGUGACACUGUCACUACUUGGGAAGAUUGCAAGAGAGCUUUCCUAGAAAAGUUCUUCUCUACUUCAAGGACAGCUAAGAUCAGGAACGAAAUCUCCGGGUUUCAACAAAAAGGUCUAGAGAGCUUCAGUGAAGCAUGGGAGAGGUUCAAGGGUUAUUGGUCUCAAUGCCCUCAUCAUGGUUUCAGCAAGGAGAGCUUGCUUAGCACCUUCUAUAGAGGAGCCUUACCACAGUGCAGAAACAGGCUUGAUACUGCCAGCAAUGGUUUCUUCUUGGGGAGAACUGAAGAAGAAGCAGAGGAACUGGUGGAGAACAUGGCUAAGAGCGACUCAGUCUACAGCGAGGAGCAUGAUAGGGUCAACAGAAAUGAUGAUCAACAGACAAAGAAAGAGAUCAAGUCCUUGCAGGAGAAGAUGGACUUGCUUCUUUCUAACCAAGCUAAACAAGAGCAGGUCAACUUUGUGGGUGGUCCUAUUCAAGAGAUUCCUCCCAAGAUUAAUGAGGUUGAUGGUUUGGAAGGACAAGAAGAGCUGUGCUUCAUCAACAACAAUGGUUCUUGGUACAGGAAGGAACCUAACUUUCAGUACAACAACUACCAGCAAAAGUCCUACUCAAACAACCAGCAAGGAGGAUACCAGCAGAGGCAAAACACUCAGCAAGGGAGCUAUCAGCCUAGGCAAAACACCCCUCCUGGUUUCAACAAUAACAACAAUCAGUCUACUCAAGCUCAAGGAAGUUCUUCACAAGCUCCAGCUUCAGAUACAAGUGUGGAUGCAAUGUUCAAGAAACUUUUGGAUUUUCAGGCCAAGAAUGAGAAGACAAUGGGUUAUGAGUUCACGAAAAUUCACUCCAAGAUUGAUGGAAGUUACAAUGAGCUCAACAACAAGAUCCGCCAUUUGGAGAAUCAGUUUGCUUCAAUGAACUCUCAGCCAAGUCGCCAACAAGGGGCAUUACCUGGAAAGCCAGAGCAAAAUCCCAAGGAGACAAUGAAAGCCAUCACCCUUAGGAGUGGAAAACAGCUACCACCAAGAACUCUCAUUAGGGAUAAUGAGAAGCAAGAUGGGGAGGUGGUCAUCAAUGUGGAUGAUGAUGUGGUUAUUAUGGAUGAGAAGACCAAUGAAGAGAUCUUGGAGAAAAUAGUUGAAGCAAAAGGAAAGGGUAAAAUUGGAGAAGAAAAGAAGGGGGAGAACAAGAAUGAAGUUGCUACUUCAUCAAAAGGAGCUCUAUUCAAUCCUCCUCCCUAUGAACCAAAACUUCCUUUUCCCGGUAGAUUCAAGAGACAGCUUUUGGAGCAAUACAAGGCUUUAUUUGAGAAGCAAAUGAGUGAAGUUCAGAUUACUAUGCCCAUAAUUGAUGCCUUCAUGCUAGUGCCUCAAUACAGCAAGUUCCUCAAGGAUGCUGUAACUAAGAAGAAGAAGGAGAUGGAAGGCAUGGUGGUUCUUACUCAUGAGUGUAGUGCUAUUAUCCAAAGGCUAACCAUCCCUAAGAAGCUUGAAGAUCCAGGAAGCUUUACUUUACCUUGUGCCAUUGGGCAAUUUACUUUUGAGAGGUGUCUAUGCGAUUUGGGAGCAAGUGUGAGCCUUAUGCCUCUCUCCAUUGCUAAAAGGCUUGGCUUUACACAAUACAAGAAGUGUAGACUCUCUCUUGUGCUAGCUGAUCGCUCAGUGAAGAUUCCCAUUGGUAUCCUAGAAGAUCUCCCUGUUAUGGUUGGAAAUUGUGAGAUUCCUACAGAUUUUGUGGUGUUAGAGAUGGAUGAAGAACCAACAGAUCCUUUGAUAUUGGGGAGACCUUUCUUGGCUACAGCAGGAGCAGUUGUGAAUGUUAAGGAAGGGAAGAUUGAUCUUCACCUUGGAAAGGGAAACAUUCUUCACUUUGACAUCAAGGAGGUGAUGAAGAAGCCUAUUACUCAAAGCCAAGCAUUCUACAUUGAGGAGAUGGAGGUUUUAGCUGAUGAACUUCUAGAGGAGUUGGCACUUGAAGACUCUCUACAACAUGCCUUAACAAUUGAGAGAGAGGUCCAAAUGGUUGAGAACAAGGAAAGUGAUGCUUAUGUGAAGAUGCUGGACUCUCACACGGAGAUUAGUGAUGAAGAACAGAAUGAGGAGCUUUCAUAUGAGGAUCACCAUGCUUCCUCAGCUACUCAACAAGAGAAUCUCCAAGAGGAUGAUUGGAGUGAACUCAAAGCACCAAAAGUGGAGCUUAAACCUCUUCCCCAUGGUGUAAGGUAUGCUUUCCUUGGCCCUAAUGAGACUUACCCUGUCAUAGUGAGUAGUGAGCUUAGUGAAGAUGAAUUGUCUAAACUUUUGAAUGAACUUAAAAAGUAUAGAAAGGCAAUAGGCUACUCACUAGAUGAUAUUAAAGGGCUAUCACCUUCUUUAUGCAUGCAUAGGAUACAUCUAGAGGAUGAAUCUAUGACUUCUAUAGAACAUCAAAGAAGGUUGAACCCCAACUUGAAGGAUGUUGUUAAGAAAGAGAUUCUAAAACUCUUAGAUGCAGGAGUCAUCUAUCCUAUUUCGGAUAGCAAAUGGGUGUCUCCUGUGCAUGUUGUUCCAAAGAAAGGAGGAAUGACUGUGGUUAAAAAUGAUAAGGAUGAACUAAUACCAACAAGAACAAUAACAGGACAUAGGAUGUGCAUAGAUUAUCGAAAACUUAACAAAGCAUCUAGAAAGGAUCAUUUUCCAUUGCCAUUCAUUGAUCAAAUGCUUGAGAGACUUGCAAAUCAUCCAUAUUAUUGUUUUCUUGAUGGGUAUUCAGGGUUCUUCCAAAUCCCCAUACAUCCAAAUGAUCAAGAGAAAACGACUUUCACAUGCCCCUAUGGUACCUUUGCUUAUCGAAGGAUGCCAUUUGGGCUAUGUAAUGCUCCAGCCACUUUCCAAAGAUGCAUGAUGUCUAUUUUCUCUGAUCUUAUAGAGGAUGUUGUGGAGGUGUUUAUGGAUGAUUUCUCUGUCUACGGAUCUUCGUUUUCUGCUUGUUUGUCAAAUCUUAGCAGGGUCCUCAAGAGAUGUGAAGAGACCAACCUUGUGCUGAACUGGGAGAAGUGUCACUUCAUGGUUAAGGAAGGGAUUGUGCUUGGACACAAGAUUUCAGAGAGGGGGAUUGAGGUAGACAAGGCCAAGAUUGAAGUGAUGGUUGGGUUAGCUGCACCAAAGACGGUUAAAGACAUUAGAAGCUUCCUCGGUCAUGCUGGAUUCUAUAGAAGAUUCAUCCAAGACUUCUCGAUGAUAGCAAGGCCAAUGACUAAGCUUCUAUGCAAGGAGGCUGCAUUCGUCUUUGAUUGGGAAUGUCUACAAGCCUUCAAGAAGUUGAAGGAGAAGCUGGUUAGCGCCCCCAUUGUGCAGCCACCAGAUUGGGAUCUCCCCUUUGAGAUCAUGUGUGAUGCUAGUGACUAUGCUGUGGGAGCUGUUCUUGGUCAAAAGAAGGACAAGAAGACUCAUGUGAUCUACUAUGCGAGUAAAACUCUUGAUGAAGCCCAAAUGAAGUAUGCUACAACUGAGAAGGAGUUGCUAGCCAUUGUCUAUGCCUUUGAGAAGUUCAGAAGCUACUUAGUUGGGUCAAAGGUCAUAGUCUACACUGAUCAUGCUGCAUUGAGACACCUCAUGGCCAAGAAGGAUGCUAAGCCAAGGCUGUUGAGGUGGAUCUUGCUGCUACAAGAGUUUGACCUUGAGAUUAGAGACAAGCCAGGAGUUGAGAAUGGUGUAGCUGAUCACUUGUCUAGACUGAAGAUUGAGAGUGGGAUCCCUAUUGAUGAAGGGCUUCCAGAAGAGCAGAUCAUGGCAAUUGGAAAAGGGCCUUGGUAUGCUGAUUUGGUGAACUACUUAGCUUGUGGAAGAGAGCCACUUGAUCUUGAGGGAUAUGCCAAGAAGAAGUUCUACAAAGAUGUGAAGAGAUACUAUUGGGAUGAACCUUACCUCUACAUCCUUUGUAGAGAUCAACUCUAUAGAAGAGCAGUAGCUGAUGAAGAAGUUGAAGGGAUCCUCACACACUGUCAUGGAUCAUCCUAUGGAGGGCACUUUGCUACUUUCAAGACUGUCUCAAAGGUGUUACAAGCUGGGUUUUGGUGGCCUCAUAUGUUCAAAGACACUCAAGACUUUGUCUCUAGGUGUGAUUCAUGCCAAAGGAGAGGGAACAUCACCAAAAGGAAUGAGAUGCCUCAAAACCCAAUUCUAGAAGUGGAGGUGUUUGAUGUGUGGGGUAUUGACUUCAUGGGACCAUUUCCAUCAUCUUUUGGCAACAAAUACAUCCUUGUAGCUGUUGACUAUGUCUCCAAGUGGGUAGAAGCUGUGGCAAGUCCCACCAAUGAUUCUAGAGUGGUGAUAAAGAUGUUCAAAAGCACCAUCUUUCCAAGGUUUGGAGUUCCAAGAGCUGUCAUCAGUGAUGGAGGUUCUCACUUCAUCAACAAGCUGUUUGAAAGUCUUCUCAAGAAGAAUGGUGUGAAGCAUAAGGUUGCAACUCCCUACCAUCCUCAGACAAGUGGUCAAGUUGAGAUCUCCAACAGAGAAAUCAAGUCUAUUUUGGAGAAAACAGUGGGGACUACAAGGAAAGAUUGGUCCAUCAAGCUAGAUGAUGCACUAUGGGCUUAUAGGACUGCUUACAAGACUCCUUUAGGAACCACACCUUUCAACCUUGUGUAUGGGAAGGCUUGUCAUCUACCGGUUGAACUUGAGUACAAAGCAUUGUGGGCUGUUAAGUUGCUGAACUUUGACAUCAAGAGUGCCAAGGAGAAGAGACUUCUCCAACUCAAUGAACUGGAGGAGAUCCGACUUGAUGCUUUUGAGAACUCAAGGAUUUACAAGGAGAAAACCAAAGCUUUUCAUGACAAGAAGAUCUUGAAGAGAGAAUUCAGUGCUGGAGAUCAAGUGCUUCUCUACAACUCUAGACUGAAGUUGUUCCCCGGGAAGCUCAAGUCAAGAUGGUCCGGUCCUUUCAAGAUCAAGGAAGUUAGGCCAUAUGGGGCAAUUGUGUUAUGGAACAAGGAUGGUGGAGACUUUACAGUCAAUGGACAGAGGGUUAAGCUCGACAUGGGAGCCACAACAGAGGACGAGAAAACCUCGAUCAUCAAGUCCAAAAGGAGAAGUUGUGGACAUGAACAAGGUGUGGGGAGGUUCAAAACGCUCACAGCAACCACGCACAGCGGCCCUCACACACCGCUGCGACCAAACGAGAAGAUGAGAAAUAUGCUUCAAGUGUCACAGCGGUCUCUCGGAGCGGUCUACUCAAGCCGCUGUGAAAAUACUCUACUCCCUGCCCGAUUCGUACUUGUCGCAGUGGUCUGUGAGGUUUCGUGGCAAGAAGCCGUUGUGGGAGUUGCAGCGGCCUAUUGGAGCGGUGUCGAGUGA